AUGGCCAACCCUCCGCCCGGGGCCACGUGGAACAUGGGACCUGCUAUGGUGGUUGGCGGUCGGAGACGCCGCAGCACGCGCCGCUCCAACGCGAUGCGCUCCAACACUACGCCUAAUCUCGGAAUUGACUCACUUGCCGCGAUGGAGUAUGCGAAUGGUGUCACUGCAGGACUGAAUACUGAACGUGUAGAACAACCGCAUGGUUCACCUUCUUCCGAGCCCUCAAAUCCCACGGUCAACCACUUCGCGCCGAACAGUGGCCCUCCAGGACUCCGCCGUCGCUCUCCUAUCUCGCGCCCAUCCGAUGACCUUUCGAGCAUGCUGAUCGCUCAAUCGCCUACGCCCACGAUAGACAGCGCUUCAGCAACAGCGACAGAGGGGAAGAAGAAGCAUGGCAAAUUUAGCUUCAAGCCAAAGGAUCAGGACUGUCCCGCAAGCUCACAUGAGACUGCUCAUGAAGCGUCGCCUCUACCACCACUUACCCCUGUGAAAGCCGCAAAACUACUAGGCGUUGACGCUGGUCCUGGUAGGGCUCGGAGCAAUUCCGAAGGCCGUCGUUCACAGCAAGAUGGUGGUUACGAUGGUCCACCAGUAUUGCCAAAAUCGACUAGGAAAGUAUCCGCGCCGGUACCUGCCUCUUCAAAGGGCCUGUUGAGUAGACAGGCAAAGCUCAAGGAGGAAGGCAUUGGACCUGAUCUGCCUAAAGCCAAGAAGUUUUGGGCGAACAGCAACAGGAAAGCGCAGCAAAUGUUAGGCUUACUCCCAUCUGCCGCAACUAGUUCCAAACGUGAAGCCGAUAUGGAGCGCGCUGCAGCUGCUUCUCUAGUACGGCGUACAGAGGAUGAUAGUGAUGCAUACUACAGUAGCGACUCUGAACUUCAUGCUCAUUCUCGUUUGCUUCAUCCGGCUGCGCGCCUGGCUCCCGAGACUCCAAGACGGCGUAUGCGCAAGAGAAUUCCCAAAUCGCUUGACAAAAUGGCACCCAUCACGGAGACGUCUCACGAUGAGCUACGCUCAUCUUACCAUGUGAACGAACAGUGUCCUGAGCUAGGUGUUAUCUCUGAGUGCGAACAAUUCUCUCCUUCAUCCAAGCCCCCACUGCCUCAGUUGUAUACUGAGCCGUUGCUCACAUCUGACGUCAUGUACGAGCUGGAAGCGGACGAUCUCUCGCCAACAGACCAAGUCGUGGAAGAGGGCGAUGGAGACGGAGAGGUGCAAUCUGCCGUCCAUCCUGGAGAUGAGGUUGACGUCAAUCAUGUUGGAGACCAGCAAGCCACUGGAUUCCGCUUCCGAAGCCCAUUACAGACGGUCGAAGAUCGUUUGCUCGACGAGGCAGAGGCUCAACUAGCGAUUGUCAGGACAAGGCAAAACGAAAACGACGCGACAAGACUCAUGCUUGACACCAAUUAUGCUGCUCUCAUGGCGUCGAACAAAACUAUGAAAAUGGAGUUCGCGACCGCAAAGCAAAACAUGGCCUCGGAGGAGCGUGAGCGCUUUGACGGCGCCGAUAGCGAGGAUGAAGACUCGAUCUCAAUCUCAAGCAGUAUCAAUCUGGACGAAGAGGUCAUGACUUUCACGCGGAUUACUCCCGGUAUGGUCAAGCUCGUCGACAUUGCCGCCAAGACAAGGAAGCCACUUGCUCCACUUGCACCGACCGCACCAGCCGUGCCACUGCCUAUGCUAGCUUUAUCUACCCAGAUGAAGCCGCCUUUCAAGCCGGCUGGCGCUUUUUUCUUCCAACACGACGAGAGGAUUAGUCCUUUCAACGAGCGCAGCAAGCAUGUGGAUCCAACAGCCAUACCUAGUCAGCUUCCCACUAAAGAUUACAACCGCCUCGACAAGGACAAGAAACCAAAAAUGCCCCGUGAUGAUUCACGUCUGCUCGUCCAAGAUUGGAUGUCCACCUACGAUCACACGAAACAAUGCCCGGUCUCUGAACGUAUCGAUCCUGAUGUUCUCGCUGAUCAACGGAUUCCGCCUGCUCCAUUCCCUAAAGACGAUUGCUCUACACCUCCACGUCCCCCCUCGCAUCCACCACCACCACACCCACCCAGGCUGUCAUCAAAAGAGCACUACUGUCUCACGAAUGGCCAUAUCUUCCACCCUAUCAAUCUCAAGACUGUUCCUGAUGAGGUCGCCAUCAACAGCUUAGAAGUCCGACCUUACCUGCACACCGCUGUUGGCUCCAAACAGCAUGUUUCUGUCCCUGUUUUCUGCGACCGGUGUGACGAUGACGUCAAAGAAGAGCUUUGGGAAUGUGACAUCGCUGUUUGUCGUAUGGGGGUUUGUAAGCCAUGUGCGGAGGAUAUGGAGCACGAGUGGCAGGAACGUGUUGGUGAUGCUUGGACUCGCUGA